AAACCUCAACAACCCCAUAGACUCGACAUUUUCCAUCCAUUGUUAGACCCAACUGGUAGUUGUCGUGGGUAAAAAGCCAUCCGAGACAAGAAGAAAAAGGAUCUCUCUCUCGCUCUCUCUCGCACUCUCAGUCUCAGAAUCAGUAAUUAGAAAACCCUAACACCUUCUCCAAUUCCAUCUCUCUCUCUCUCUCUCCCCGGCCAUCAAGAUCAAGGUGAACUAGAAAAAUUCAAGCACAACACAACCAUGGGUCAAGGCACCCCCGGCGGUCUCAACCGGAAAGGCUUGCCGGGCGAUAGGAAGCCCGACGGCGGCGACAAAAAGGAGAAGAAGUUCGAGCCUGCAGCUCCACCUGCCCGAGUUGGCCGCAAGCAGCGCAAGCAAAAGGGCCCCGAAGCUGCGGCCCGGCUUCCUGUCGUGACCCCAUUGACUAAGUGCAAGCUCAGGCUUCUGAAGCUUGAGCGGAUCAAGGAUUAUCUUUUAAUGGAGGAGGAGUUUGUGACUAACCAGGAGUGCCUAAAGCCCCAGGAGGAGAAGGCUGAGGAAGAUAGAUCCAAGGUUGAUGAUCUCCGAGGCUCCCCAAUGAGCGUCGGUAAUCUUGAGGAGCUCAUUGAUGAGAAUCACGCCAUUGUUUCAUCGUCAGUUGGGCCGGAGUACUACGUUGGCAUCUUGUCCUUCGUCGAUAAGGACCAAUUAGAGCCUGGAUGUGCAAUUUUGAUGCACAAUAAAGUUCUUUCCGUUGUUGGGCUGCUUCAAGAUGAAGUUGAUCCUAUGGUGUCUGUGAUGAAAGUUGAGAAAGCUCCACUGGAAUCUUAUGCCGACAUAGGUGGAUUAGAUGCCCAGAUACAGGAGAUAAAAGAAGCUGUUGAGCUUCCUCUCACUCAUCCUGAAUUAUAUGAAGACAUUGGUAUCAAGCCCCCGAAGGGUGUCAUACUGUACGGAGAGCCAGGGACUGGCAAGACUUUGCUAGCAAAGGCAGUUGCAAACUCAACCUCGGCAACUUUCCUGCGCGUUGUUGGUAGUGAAUUGAUUCAGAAGUACUUGGGAGAUGGCCCAAAAUUAGUUAGAGAGCUCUUUAGAGUUGCUGAUGAUCUCUCUCCUUCGAUUGUCUUCAUUGAUGAAAUCGAUGCUGUGGGAACAAAGAGAUACGAUGCGCAUUCUGGUGGUGAAAGAGAAAUUCAACGAACCAUGUUGGAGCUUCUUAACCAAUUGGACGGUUUCGAUUCAAAAGGAGACGUUAAAGUAAUUCUUGCAACAAACAGAAUCGAAAGUCUUGAUCCAGCUUUGCUUCGGCCUGGUCGAAUUGAUAGGAAAAUUGAAUUCCCUCUUCCUGAUAUCAAAACUAGGAGAAGAAUUUUCCAGAUACAUACAUCAAGGAUGACAUUGGCUGAUGAUGUCAACUUAGAAGAAUUUGUCAUGACUAAGGAUGAGUUUUCUGGAGCCGAUAUAAAAGCAAUAUGCACUGAAGCUGGCUUGCUUGCUUUAAGGGAACGCCGUAUGAAGGUGACACACGUAGACGUCAAGAAGGCGAAGGAGAAGGUGAUGUUCAAGAAGAAAGAAGGGGUACCAGAAGGACUUUAUAUGUGAAAUGAUUUUAAGUGUGGUAUUUCAUUCUUCUAAAUAACUUCAUUUCACAUUGGCACAAAACCGAAACACGAGACUGAAAAUGAGAUUUAGUUGCGCCUGGUGAAGUAAUGCUUAAUGAGGUGCCCCAGUGUUUAGCUUGAAUGGAAACAACUGAAGGAAUGAUAAUAUGUAAUAUUUUCUUAUUUACAAUAAAUAGUUGAAUGAGAAUGCUGUAAUGUAGUCAAAGUUCUUGUAAAAGCCUUUUGAAAUUUUGCCAAGAUUCAAGGACAAGUAGAUAUUAUUGUAGUUGCAGGCAUAAUUCUAGUGAUAAUUCGAAGCUUUCUAUAAUAAAGUGUAGAGUUCAAAU